AGACGUCAUAUUGGUCGAACGCUUGAACGAUGGCACACCGGGAAAGAAAAAUUGAUGUUUCACGAAGCAACUAUUCGGUUAUCGAUAACGAAUUUGGUAAUAUGCGUGAUCGAUUCGAAAUGGAAAUGAAACGCGUGGAAGAGGAGAUGCAACGCUUGCGAAGAGAAUUCGAAGGAUACACUCCUCGUUCGCAAGGAACCGUUCCUGAAAAUCGAACUUCCAGUUUCAGCUCACACCGUGAAGAGUCCAGGCGGUAUGAGAGUGGCUCGUCGGCGCAGGCACCAACUUCGGGUGCGCCGCCAACAGCAGCCAGUAAGGACACGAUGGUUGUUAGACCUACAUAUGAUCCAUAUUUCGAAAAUCUGAAGUCACCGCUGAUCAAAGAUGAAAGUGACGGUAAAACUCUUAAACUCAGAUUUGAUGUUGCGCAAUAUAAGCCUGAAGAAGUUACGGUGAAGACUGUUGACAACAGGUUGUUGGUGCAUGCAAAACAUGAAGAAAAAACGCCACAGCGAACCGUUUUCCGCGAAUAUAAUCAGGAGUUCAUGCUUCCAAGAGGAACAAAUCCUGAAUUGAUCAGUAGUACGCUGAGCACGGACGGUGUUCUUACUGUGGAAGCUCCAUUGCCGCAAUUAGCUAUUCAGCACUAAUCCGGCGAUGCGGUCCUGCUAUACUGCUGCACGCUUUUAUGCGCUUCCCGUAUAAUCGUUGAGUCACGCUGAUGUGAAAUUCGUUAUCUGAUUACUCUUUAGAAUAUUUAUGUCGAAAACGAUGGUUCCUUCUCCAAAUAAAUCUACUUAUUCAGCUACCUAUUAUCGUAAUUAUUUGGCAUGAUUUUUUGACUAUUCUUUCUAUUUUUCUGUUUCUAUUGUCGAAUUUUUUAUUUGGUUUCUUU